UAUAUUUUGGAGGGGGAGGGGGUGACAAGAAGUGGUGCAGAAGAUGAGAGAGGAGCAAAGUGAUGCGAUGGAGAAAGCAACUCCGAACCAGGUGGUUUUGUUUAUGGACCAACGAAAUGAGUUAGCAGAUCAGCGCUCUAGGAAAGAAGACACCGAGGUGGACACGGUGAGUACCGGAGAUGGGAAGUUGCAGUCUGCGGUGAAAAAGCAAACCCUUCGCCGUUUGAGCUUCUCAAAACCGAAGGCUCGACUUGUUGAAGUAAACUAUUCGAUCCCUAAAAAAUCAUUGAUCAAGGAAUCAAACGAAGAAUCGGACCCCCUCGUGUUUGGUGACAACCUCUCCACGGAUGAUGACUACAACAUCGAUGAUGAGCGGGAUGAAGGGCUCGAAGAAGAUGGUGAGACAACUUGGAAAAAGUACCGAAAGGGGAGAAAAUUCUAUUGGAGAGUUAUAAUAGAAUGGGUGAUGUUUGUGCUUAUAACUUCCUUCUUACUGUGUUCUCUUACUGUAACGUCUCUUAAGCAGCAGCUUAAAUGGGGUAUAGAGAUUUGGAAAUGGUGUCUGAUGGUGCUUGUCAUUUUCUGCGGGCACCUAGUCUCUGGUUGGGUUGUGAAAUUUUUCGUUUUCAUCAUUGAGCGAAAAUUCAUGCUUCGUGAGAAGGCAUUAUACUUUGUCUAUGGAUUGCGGAAGAGCUUCCAAAACUGCAUGUGGCUAGGAGUAGUUUUGCUCGCAUGGGCCUUAAUGUUUAAUGCGAGGAUGCACGAGAAGAACAAGUUACUCAGGAAGGUCUUCCAUACCCUAGUGGCGUUCUUGAUCGGCGCCACCAUAUGGCUCGUCAAGAUUAUCCUAGUUAACGUCUUGGCCUCGUCAUUCCAUGUUGCAACCUAUUUUGAUCGCAUGAAAGAGAGCGUGUUCCACCACUACAUUCUUGACACAUUAUCUGGACCGCCUAUGGACGAGGCAGCAGUGUUGGCAGAAGAGGAGCAUCGUCGUUGGACCUUAGUGGGGUCAAAGUCAUUGCCAGGGAGGUGGAAGGAGGCGAGGAAUGCAUACAAGUCGAAGAAGUACAGAUCGAGAAGGAUCGACAUAGAGAAGCUGAGGCGACUGUCCGUGGAGAGUACGACAUCAACAUGGAGCAUGAAGAGACUGAUGAGCUACGUGAAGUCAUUUGGGUUGUCGAUGAUUUCAAACACUUUGGAUGAUUUUGGGAAGGCAGAGUCGGAGAUAUCUAGCGAGUGGGAGGCUAGGAAUCGUGCACACAGGAUCUUCAAGAAUGUUGCCAAACCUGGAGCAAAGUACAUUGAAGAGGAGGACUUAUCGAGAUUCUUAAAAAGGGUUGAGAUUCAUACAAUAUUCCCACUCUUUGAAGGAGCCCUCAAGACCGGAAGAAUCUCAAGGUCUUCUUUCAAAAAUUGGAUGGUACGAGCUUAUUUUGAACGAAAGUCCUUGACACAUUCCUUAAACGAUACUAAGACAGCAGUGCAACAACUUCAUAAGUUGGCAAGUGCAAUCGUCUCAGUGAUCAUAAUCGUGGAGUCUCUUAUGGUGAUAGGUUUGGCAUCAACAAAUAUUAUUGUUUUCGUAACAACACAAGUACUAGUUCUCAUAGGGUUCAUGUUCCAGAACAUGUGUAAAGCCAUAUUUGAGUCCAUCGUCUUCGUCUUUGUCAUGCAUCCAUUUGACAUUGGAGAUCGCUGUGUUGUUGAUGGGGUUCAGAUGGUUGUGGAAGAGAUGAAUAUUUUAACUACAGUGUUCCUUAGAUAUGAUAUGGAGAAGAUAUAUUACCCCAAUUCAGUUUUACUCACCAAACAGAUUAGUAAUUUCUAUCGAAGUCCAAAUAUGGGUGAUGAUAUUGACUUCACAAUCGAUGUCUCCACAUCUUUUGAAACUAUAGUUGCUCUCAAGAAAGCCAUACAAAAAUACAUAGAGAGCAAACCAAAGCACUGGAACCCAAAACACUCUGUGAUAGUGAAAGAGAUUGAAAAUGUGCACAAGAUGACGAUGUGCCUUUGUGUUCAACACACCAUCAACCAUCAAAAUUAUGGUGAUAGAGACAAUCGUGUCUCAGAGUUUCUCUUGGAGUUGAAGAAAAUCUUUGAGAGCCUUGGAAUCAAGUACCAUCUUCUUCCUCAACAUGUCCAUCUAACCCAUGUAGUCAACACUAACUAGAAGGUUGAUUCCACUCAUCAUUGGUAUUAUUAUAAUUAGCAUCCUUUUGAUUGACAUCUAUUUAUAUUUUCUUUUUCUACUAAAACUUUUGUUAGGUAUAUUGCAAGCAUGGUUUGACCUACUCUCUAAAUCUUAACUAGGGAAAUGUGGAUAAUCUCGUCUCUUUCUUUGGCUUUUGUAAUUUGUUUAUCUUCUUUUCCGUUCUUCUUUUACCAGAUUGCUCCACACUUUUUUUACUCAACUAGAAACUCCAUAUAAUUUGGAAAUCAUUGUCAUA